AUGGCCUCCGGAGGAGUCUGGAACACCCAGCAGGCCUUUCUGGCUCAGCUGAGGGACGGCAGCCUGGAGGCCUGGGGACACCCAGAUUAUGGUGCCCCGAUCCCAGCCGACAUCAUAGCCUCCGGGCAGAAACACGGCCUGAAACGGGCUUGGUCUACGUGGGAUGGUGGCUUUUUGGUGGAGCUGCAGAACGGGGAGUUUCACGCCUGGGGAAACAAGGACUACGGUGCCGACAUCGGCACGGUGAAGGCCACGCUGGAACGCGAGGGCGUCGUGCAGAUUUGGAGCACCUCUGGCGCUUUCCUGGCAGAGUUGCCGAGCGGCAAGGUGCUCACAUGGGGCGUGGCAGGUUUCGGCGGCGAGGUCGCCACCUCGAUGCGGGAGGCCCUGGAAGCCGAAGGGAUUCAGCGCGCCUGGACCACAGCCGGUGCCUUCAUCGUGGAACUGAAGAGUGGCCGAGUGGUCGCCUGGGGCGGUUCCUCCCACGGGUCCCAAAUCCCCUCCGACGCCCAAGCAGCGAUGCGAACCAAAGGCCUCCGCGACAUUUGGACGACUCGCGCUGGCGCCGUCGUCGCGCAACUGAACAGCGGAGAAGUGAUCUCGUGGGGAAGCACCAACAGUGGCGCCGACCUCGGCGGAGUGAAAGAUCGGCUGGAAGACACGGGAGUUCGACGCGUGUGGAGCACUGGUUUCGCCUUUUUGGCGCAGCUGAAGACCGGCGAAAUCCUGUGCUGGGGCGACAAAGAUCGUGGCGGUGCGCCUGUCAGGGGGACGAAAGAAGCCCUGGCCGCCCACGGAGUCGCCCGCGCAUGGAGCACCGGCUUUGCAUUCCUGGCGGAGUUGACGAACGGCUCCGUGGUGGCCUGGGGACUCGGACCCGAUGGUGCCAAGAUCCCAGGCGACUUGCACAGCUCCUUGGAACGCGAGGGGAUCCGCGAGGCCUUCGGCACGAACUAUGCCUUCCUGGUCGUUUUGAAGAGCGGCCGCUGCGUCGCGUGGGGCGAUUCCAACUGCGGUGCAGACCUGAGCUCCGUCAAGGGCAAAUUGGAGACGGUGGGCCUGGCGCUUUCAGCUCCGGAGGCCCCGCACGCAGGUCCAGGCGCCUUGCCGAGUGGAUCCCCCCGAACGGCUGCGGCAUUCCUGCGGGUCUUCGACAUGUCUCCGGAGUCCGUGAAGCUCACGGAGGAGACCUGCAACUCCAAAGAGGAGAUCUCCAACUACUCCAGCUGGGUCAGCCGGGCCACGGUGAAGUUGGAGCAUGGCGAGGUGCGGGCGGUGGUCAAGGCCAUGCAGUUGCCCCAAGAUGAGAAGGAGAAGAAGAAAGAACGCUUGCUGUGGAUGAAGAAGGAGCUGAAACAUCCAAAUCUCGCGAAGAUCUUGGGGCUCUAUUGGUUUAAAAAUACCGUGAUGUGUGUUGCCGUGGAGCCAGCCCCCAGGUGCUUGAGACGCCUUCUACAACAGGAACCGUCCCUGGCACAGCGGGAGCAUUUGCCCCUAGCACUGGGGAUUGCUUCUGCCAUGAUGUAUCUUCACGACCUCGCUGAGCCGAUCCUGCACCAAGAUCUCAAACCGGAGAAUGUCCUGAUCUUCGACUCCGAUUCCAAGUUGAUCCCCAAGGUCACGGACGUGGGCUUCAAUCAGAAUGGAGGUGGCAAGGGCGCCUUGGCCUACAAAGCGCCUGAGAUGUUCGAGGAGAAGUUUCAGAUGGCAUCCGAGGUGUACGCCUUCGCGGUCAUUUACUUUGAAAUCCUGACCGGACAGCAAGCUUGGAAAGGGCGCAGCGACCUCGGCAUCAUGAGAGCCGUGUGUGAUGGGCAGCGGCCAUCGAUGGACGACCAUGCGGAGACGGACUUGGACCUGAUCAUCCAGGACUCCUGGGCAGCCGACCCCGAAGCCCGGCCGCGCUUCGCCGCGAUCUGCGAGCGCCUGAAGCUAUUGCGCUUCCCCAAGAAGCUAUCAACAGCAGUGCCCAGCUACUGGUCGGGCACCGGAGAUCUCGAAGCUUUGGAUCAAGGGUGGGCGGCUGAGCCCGUGUCUGAGAAGACCUUCGAAGCUUUGAAGAAGCUCUUCGUCGUGACACAGCCGGAGCAGCUGGGAAAAGGCCGAGACUGCAAAGACUAUGGGCGGAAGUACAGCAACCUCCAGCUGCAUUGUGCGUGGCAGAUCGAACACCCAAGUCUUUGGGAGAAAUACAACGCGGAGCGGAAUGAUGUUCUUCGCAACAUGAAGAAGCUGGAGCGCAACUCCAUCGAGACGCCCAGCUGGAAGAGCAAGUUGGAUGAGAACUCCCCUGCUUUGCCCGACGAGCUUUGUACGGCGAUCGGUGAAAAGCACUUGUUGCACGGAACGUCCCCGAAGCACCUGCUGGACAUCCUCGACCAGGGCUUUAACGACAAGCUGGCGAGCUCGAAGGGGAUGUUCGGAGCGGGCGCCUACUUCGCCGAGGAUCCGGAGAAGAUUGAUCAGUACACCCGGGAGGACCCGGGGUAUAUGACUCCUGGAUUGGAACCCUUACAUUCGCGACUUUAUCGACCCGGUGGUCACAAGCACCCAGGACAAGAUGUCUUCUAUUGUUUCGUGAUGCGGGUGACAUGUGGCACUUGCUUCGUGACCAAGGGAUUGAAGGAUGAGACCGGGAAGCGGGACAAACACGAUCCGAAGAGGCCAAUGAUCUAUGACCUGGAUACUGGCUUCCAAGUCUUUGUGAAUGCUGACCGCAGAGAACUCUCGAACGUGCCGGGCUCUGAACCCUCGGUGCGUUACAGCACUCUGCUGGUGGAGUUGGGGCCCUCCAUCGCACGGUACCGGGAGAUCAUCAACUACCUAAAGAAUGGCGUUUACCCGGCCUUUCUUCUGGCCUACUUGAGAGUAUGA